GUACCAGAAGUAGCAGCACAAGUUGGUGAUAGUGACGAAGAUGAUAAAGCGAAAAAGAAACGACGACGUGCCGCAGAUUCCCCGCUUAGCGAAGAUGAUGGCUCCGAUGAGGAUAAACCAAAAAGAGGCAAAAAGAAGAUGCUGUUCAAUUUCACCGAAACCG